AUGAUAUUUAUUUUCGAAAUUAAUAAGAAAGACUAUUACAAUCUAAAAAGAAAUUUGGAAUUUGCUUUUUCAUUGCCUGGUCCUCCUAUUUUAUUAUCUAUUGUACACUCGUUACAAAUUGCUUGCAGUUAUAAAGGUGCAACUCAUAGGAUUCGGCGAAAAAUGAUACAACCUCUUUUAAAUAUAAAGUUUUUAUCUGAAUAUGUAACAUGUUUUGAUAAUUAUAGCAAUCAAUGUGCGGAUAUUUUAGAAAAGGUUGUUGAUAGUCCAACGUUUGAUCUUAAACCACAUAUAAAACAAUAUGCAGCUAAUAUAUUUUUAGAAACAAUGAUGGGUAUUGAAGGAACGAUACGAAAUGAAAAUGACGAGCUAAUAUAUUGGCAAGAAAUAUUAUUUAAAGAAACGUAUAACAGAGUAACAAAACCAUGGCUACAAUUUGAUUGGAUUUUUUUAACUGAAAAUGGAAGGCAAACGCAUAUCGCUAAAAGGAUUGUAUUAGAUUUUAUCUAUAAUAUAACAUCACGAAAAGAAAUGAAACAUACUGCUUUGGAAAAUAAUAAUGAAAAUUUUGAAAAGCCGAAAGCUGCUUUUGAUCAUUAUUUGAAUCGUAUACAACUGCAUAAUGUAACGAAUGAAUCUUGCAUGGUGAGCGACGAGAACUUCAUAGACGACGUUAGAAGUUUUUAUGCUGCUAUUCAAAAUACUAUUAUGGAAUCGAUAUCUUUCACUAUGCUUAUGCUGGGAAUGCAUACAGAAGUACAAGAAAAACUGCGACAGGAAAUAUCCUUUACAUUCGGUAAUGAAAAGGUUAAUGCUCAAGGACUUAUUAGUAUGCAAUAUCUUCAUAUGGUGAUCCAAGAAACAUUAAGAUUAUUUCCUAUAACGCCCACGGUUUCACGACAGCUUACAGGAGAUAUUAAGCUUGAAUCGUGCACCUUGCCGGACGGAUGUUACGUUCUGAUUCCAAUAUUUGCUAUUCAUCGUAAUUCUGCGUAUUGGCCUAAGCCGCUGGAAUUUAUUCCUGAACGAUUUUCAUCCGAAAAUUCGUCAAGCCGUCAUCGUUAUACAUAUAUUCCAUUUGGCACGGGCCCCAGAGAUUGUAUAGGUCAAAGAUAUGCAUUUCUGGCCAUAGCGACGAUAAUUACAAAUCUAGUGCGACGAUUUCGAUUUGCAACUUCUAAUAGUAUAGAAGACAUUAAAUUAAUAUCUGAUAUUGUGCUACGAAGUCAAGAUGUCAAAUUAAAUAUAUCUUAUGCAUGAAAUAUAAGUAAUAUAUAAAUAAUUAUAAUAUAAAUAAUUAUAUCAAUAUUAAUUUUACACAUGACGUUUAACUGAUAACGUUUAUUGUCACUAAUUAAUCUAAUUGUAAUAAAUUAAUAUUCUUAUUGUGUUAAUCUUUAAAUAACUAAUACCAUAACAAUGGAUAUGGAUAUGUUCAUAUGUAUGGAUUCAUACUUUAAUAUUAAAACAACUUUACAUAUUAAUGUACGACAUUAGCAUACUAUAAAUAUAUUAUAUAUCAAUAUAUAAUAAAUUGAAUAAAAAUUAAAAGUUUGUAUUGAUUUUGUAAUCAACAUAACUCCUUUUUUACUUGCUUUCACGGUUAUCUUCUUCAAUUUAAAAAUUAACAGAUUUAAAAUAUAAUCAAUUAUUGG